AUGUCCUACUGUGAGACUCACCUGGACCCUCAUCUGACAAAGUCAGGCCUGAAAAGACAUCAGCUGAUCGACCCUGUGGAGAACCUGGAAGGUAGAAUGUGUGAAAAACACGACAAACUGCUGGAGCUGUUCUGUAAGAACGAGCAGACACUCAUCUGCAUGCUCUGUAUCAUUAAAGACCACAAGACACAUGAUGUUGUUCCUCUGAAAGACGAAUAUGAUGAAAAGAAGGCUGAGCUGUGGAAGACAGAAGCUGAAAUUCAGGAGAUGAUCCAGAAGAGACGACUGAAGAUUCAGGAGAUCAAACAGUCAGUUGAGCUCAGCCAGAAAAAAUGCAGACAAAGAAAAAUCAGCUGGUGUUCAGAUCUUCACUGCUCUGAUGGAGUCUGUUCAGAGAGGUCUGAACGAGCUCCUUGA